AUGUCAGGUCCCUUGCAGGAGUUCGCGAGGCACAGAGGCUGCCACACCCAGGGGCGGAACACGAUAGCCCUAUUGCUGGCUAUUGCUGGUAAUCACGAUGCUGGGGCCGGGGCCGUCAACAUUACCAGCGUCUCGCCUGGGCGACGGCGCAGUGAAAGGAUCAUCGUGUUGUUCCUCUUUUUUGACUCAGACGGGUUCUCCGCGCCAUCGCAAACAAGCCAGGCAGGACCAAAAGUUAUCGACCAUGAUAUUUCUCCGCUGCAACGGGAUAAGAAGAUUCACUGUUUGGAGCACAAGACCUUUCGUCUGAUAUUGCCCAUCCGUGACCUGGUUUCACACCGUCGCUUCUCCCUCUCUCCAAUCUUUCGCCCGCCAAGCGGGCCGAGAACCGGCUCAUCGUCGCCCGAGGUGGGGGGCCGCUGUCGCUCGUUCGACUCGGUGGCGGCGGUCUCGACGCUGGGCGAGAUACCGGCCGUCGAGGUGCGGCGGCUAGCCCCCUGCCCGCCCAAAAUCUGGGGCCGCAACACGGCCAACCGUAUCUAG